ACACACGAGGUCAAAAAGUCCAAAAACCUCCAUCCCCACCCCAUCUAUGAUGUGAACCCCUUCUCUACAAACCCAGCAGCCAAAACUCUCCUCAAGACCCAGAAGUCCAAAAAGGAAAAAAAAAAAAAAAAAAACCUUGAUCAUGGAGAUCUCAUCAAUAACUCUGUCUUUUCCAAAACCCCCACCUUGUCUUCCCUUCUCUUCUUCUCAAUCCACCUUCUUUAACACCACUGCUUUCUUCAACAAAUCCAGCAAGUCCUAUAAUUCUCUGGUUCUUGGCAAAACAAGAAGUAGAAGUCAGAGGGCUAAAAAGGGUCUAACUUGCAAUGCUUUGUUUGGUCUAGGAGUCCCUGAACUGGUUGUUAUUGCUGGAGUGGCUACUUUGCUUUUUGGGCCCAAGCAAUUGCCUGAAGUGGGAAGGAGUAUUGGCAAGACUGUUAAAAGCUUCCAACAGGCAGCAAAAGAAUUUGAGUCUGAGCUUAAAAAGGAACCAGAUUCCACAUCGGAUACCCCUGGAGAGCAACCUACAACAAUAAGUGAAGAGAAGAAACAUGACAGUGAAGUCUCAAGCUCAAAGGAGAGUGUAUGAGUUAGUAGAAAUAUGUAGUUGCUGCUUUUUCUCAAUUUUCAGUUAUCGUAACUUGGUGUUUAGAUCAAAUUAUUCAUAUUCUGCAAUGUAGAUCCCGGAUAAGUCAUAAUUUGGCAGUAGUAAAAUUUCCAUGAUUCUCUA